GCUAGGACGCAUGAACGAGACAGUUCGUAUCGAUCGUGUGCUGCAGUCUUGCUUAGCGAUCAUUGCCAUAGCUAUCUCCGACCAAUAGCAGAAAAAUGUAGAUCGAUCGUAUGCUUUGUCGAGUAUGCUUAUUGGCCCGUGAAAUCUGCCGAUCAGAUGGCUAAUCGCAGCUAUCUUUCCUGUCGUACUGUGAGUAUUGUACGUAAUCGAGCUUCACACCCAUGAGCGGACGUGGUAAAGGUGGAAAGUCUCGUGCGAAGGCGAAGACGCGCUCAGCCCGAGCAGGGCUACAGUUUCCGGUAGGUCGUGUUCAUCGUCUGCUGCGCAAGGGGAAUUAUGCUGAACGUGUAGGCGCCGGUGCACCUGUUUAUCUGGCCGCGGUGCUGGAAUACCUGGCCGCCGAAGUGUUAGAAUUGGCUGGGAACGCAGCGAGGGACAACAAAAAGACACGCAUCAUUCCGCGUCACCUUCAGUUAGCAAUUCGGAACGAUGAAGAGCUGAACAAGCUCCUCGGCGGGGUCACCAUCGCCCAGGGUGGCGUUUUACCCAACAUUCAGGCGGUGUUAUUACCGAAAAAGAGUGAAAAACCCAAGGUGUAGUAUGGCGUGAGUCUCGGUCACAUUGGUGUUUGCAGUCAUCUCUUUCACAUGUUAAUCCGAUACUUGCAAUUGUGUGUAUAUAUGUCGGUCAUCAAUUCAUUGUUUCAUCUCAAUAA